GUAGUUCUAGAAUUUGAAAUCGUUUAAUCUCCAGCUGGAAGAAAUGACGUUUGAAAUAGUUUUUGUUUUUUAUUGGAUAAUCCACAUAAUAGUCAAUAUCAAAGGUGUAUCAACUUCGAAGCAACCGAAUACACUUUCAACAAAUGACGAUGGUCAUUCAGAGAAAGUGAAGGGAUUUGGUGCAUUCAGCAAUGAUGAAGUUGAAGAACGCACGGAGGUAGAUGUCACUUUUUUUAACAACUUCGGUUACAUUUCAAUUGCGAUAGGUGUAUUCCUUCUAAUCUAUGUUACCCUCAAAUGUUUGAGAAACUACAUGAAAUCACGUAGGACGCAACGUGUCACUAAUGAAUCUCCACAGAUUUCUGUUAAAGUAGAGGAAGUGUUACCUCCUCCCCCGUACGAACUAUUUGCCCCUCCAAAUUAUGAAACUGCUAAUACAAUCAACGAACAAAACUGUAACCAUUGUGGAUGCGAUUGUCAAAAUAAGUCGAGGUACUAGAUUGUAUCAUGUAAUUUUAAAGGUCUCUUAGAAGCUCUUCUUUUAUUGAACUGGAUGGGCUUCCAUUUCAUUGAUAUUGAUUAUAGAUCUGAACUAUGUGUACGUUUUUGUAAAACUGCAACUUUUGUAAAUUGUAUUUAAACAAGUAAUAUUUAGUUCAUUA